AUGGAGAUGAAAGCCGACAUCAACGCCAAACAGGAAGACAUGAUGUUCCAUAAGAUCUACAUCCAAAAGCACGACAACGUGAGCAUCCUGUUCGCAGACAUCGAGGGCUUCACCAGUCUGGCGUCUCAGUGCACGGCUCAGGAGCUCGUCAUGACGCUCAACGAACUCUUCGCUCGAUUCGACAAACUGGCAGCGGAGAACCACUGCCUCCGCAUCAAGAUCUUGGGCGACUGUUACUACUGUGUGUCUGGUUUACCUGAGGCCCGGGCUGACCACGCCCACUGCUGCGUGGAGAUGGGCGUCGACAUGAUCGAGGCCAUUUCGCUGGUGCGGGAGGUGACCGGGGUGAACGUGAACAUGCGGGUGGGCAUCCACAGCGGCCGGGUGCACUGCGGCGUCCUGGGGCUCAGGAAGUGGCAGUUCGACGUCUGGUCCAACGACGUGACGUUAGCCAAUCAGAUGGAGGCUGGAGGACAAGCUGGCCGUAUCCACAUCACCAAAGCCACUCUGAACUAUCUGAACGGAGACUACGACGUGGAGCCGGGGUCUGGAGGAGAGAGAAACGUUUAUCUGAAGAAACACAACAUCGACACCUACCUCAUCCUGGGCUGCAGUCAGAAGAGGAAAGAGGAGAAAGCCCUGAUCGCCAAAAUGAACCGACAGAGGACCAACUCUGUGACCCACAACAGCGGACACUGGACCGACCGGCCGUUUUACAACCACCUCGCCGGGAACCAGAUCUCCAAAGAAAUGAAGCGGAUGGGAUUCGAGGACCCGAAGGACAAACACUUCAUCUUCCGGAACACUCAGGAGAACCUAAACCCCGAGGACGAAGUGGACGAGUUUCUGGGCAGAGCCAUCGACGCCCGAAGCAUCGACCGGCUGCGAUCUGAGCACGUCAAGAAGUUCCUGCUGACCUUCAGAGAGCCCGACCUGGAGAAGAAGUAUUCCAAACAGGUGGACUCCAGGUUCGGGGCGUACGUGUCCUGUGUCUCUCUGGUCUUUCUCUUCAUCUGCUUCAUCCACAUCGUCAUCGUGCCGUACUCUGUUCUGAUGCUGAGCUUCUUCGUCUCGUGCCUCGUUAUCCUGACGGGCGUCAUGUUUGUGUCCACCAUCUACUGCUGCUACGGGCUGUUUCCGGCUCCUCUCCAGACUGUGUCCAAGAGGAUCGUCCAGUCCCGCCUCAAGAGCACUUUAGUGGGAGUUUUCACCAUCGUCCUGGUUUUCCUCUCGGCUUUUAUCAACAUCUUCACGUGCAGCUCUCACGACCUCCGCAGCUGUUUGGUGUCGGAGUUGAACGUGUCCUGGGACAGUGUGGGCCCCUGUCACCCGCACCUCCUCAACCUGAGCCUGGCCUCCAACCACAGCCUCUGUUCCCAGCCAGGGGCCCCCGUCUGCAGCUUCCCAGAGUACUUCUCGCUGUGUGUGCUGCUGAGCCUGCUGGCCUGCUCGGUCUUCCUGCAGGUCUCCAGCAUCGGGAAGCUGAGUCUGAUGCUGGUGAUGGAGCUGCUGUACGUGCUGGUCCUGGAGCUGCCCGCUGUGGCUCUGUUCGACAACCAGGACCUGCUGGUCAUGGCCCACGCCCUCAACACAAACACCACCGGCUCAAGCUGUGGCGUGGACAUAAAGGUUCCUCUGAAGAUCAUGACUCCCAUCAUCAUCACCGUCUUCGUCCUGGCGCUGUAUCUCCACGCGCAGCAGGUGGAGUCCACGGCACGACUCGACUUUCUCUGGAAACUACAGGCCACGGAGGAGAAGGAGGAGAUGGAGGAGCUUCAGGCCUACAACCGCCGCCUCCUCCACAACAUUCUUCCCAAAGACGUAGCCGCUCACUUCCUGCAGAGAGAGAGACGGAACGACGAGCUGUAUUACCAGUCGUGCGAGUGCGUGGCCGUCAUGUUCGCCUCCAUCAGUAACUUCUCCGAGUUUUAUGUGGAGCUGGAGGCCAACAACGAGGGCGUGGAGUGUCUGCGGCUGCUCAACGAGAUCAUCGCAGACUUCGAUGAGAUCAUCAGUGAGGAGCAGUUCCGGCAGCUGGAGAAGAUCAAGACCAUCGGCUCCACGUACAUGGCGGCGUCUGGUCUGAACGACUCCACGUACGAUAAGGCUGGCCGCUCUCACAUCCGCGCUCUGGCCGACUACGCCAUGAGGCUCAUGGACCAGAUGAAGUACAUCAACGAGCACUCCUUCAACAACUUCAAGAUGAAAAUAGGGCUGAACAUCGGUCCGGUGGUUGCCGGGGUGAUCGGAGCCAGAAAACCUCAGUAUGACAUUUGGGGAAAUACUGUGAAUGUGGCGAGUCGCAUGGACAGCACCGGAGUCCCAGAGAGGAUACAGGUCACCACCGACCUCUAUCAGGUCCUCAGCUCGUACAACUACACUUUGGAAUACAGAGGGAUCGUCACCGUCAAAGGAAAAGGAGACAUGAUGACUUAUUUUCUCAUUGCGGGACCCCCGAACAGCUAA